GCAAGGAAAGCAGUUGCUUGUGAACCUUUGACUAGAGAAGUGUACGUGCAAGUGCCUGACACAACAAUAACGUUUGCAUCCAAUCAUCUUUCCACUUGGUCAGUUGAUAGAAACGAUAGUUUCAAGUGCUUGUUUUGUUUUUCAACAUCACUUCCAACCAUCUUGAUUGAAAUAUCCGUUCCGCGCGAGCGCAAUGGUUAUAAUCUAGCGGCGGAGCAACAGUGUCCGAAACAUCACGGGAAAAGACGAGAGCCGUCGAGUCGAGCGCGGGAGCAGUGAAAAAUCGAAAAGACGCAAAACGAUUCGGUGUGGUGUGUUUGUGUGUGACGGCUGCUGCUGCUGCUGGGCGGGCGGCUAUAGCUGUGAUAUCCCCGAGGCCGAUUUGUUCGGGAGUUGUUUUUUUUUUUUUUUUUAGAUAGACAUCGCGAGAUUACUCUUUACAGCGUGUACACUCUCUGGACGUCCUCCGAGUUUCUAUACAUCUUUUUUCUUAAAUCAAAAAAAGGAAAAAGAACGACGUCAUCACCACAACGGGAGGAACAGAAUGAGGGAGGAGGACCUGGAGAUCGCCGUCAAGGUGGUGAUUGUGGGCAACGGCGCCGUUGGCAAGUCCAGCAUGAUCCAGCGCUUCUGCAAAGGCGUCUUCACCAGGGACUACAAAAAGACCAUCGGCGUCGAUUUUCUCGAACGGAUCAUCGAAGUCAACUGCGAGGAGGUGAGACUGAUGCUGUGGGACACGGCCGGCCAGGAGGAGUUCGACGCCAUCACCAAAGCCUAUUACAGAGGAGCGCAGGCGGCCGUCUUGGCUUUUUCGACCGUCGAUCGCGUCUCGUUCGACGCCAUUCGGUCGUGGAAGAAGAAGGUGGAGGACGAGUGCGGAGAGAUUCCUAUGGUGAUUGUGCAGAACAAAAUCGAUCUGGUCGACCAGGCCGUCGUUGAUGCGGAGGAAGUGGAGAUGUUGGCCCGCGAACUUCACUGCCGGCUGUACCGCACGUCCGUCAAGGAGGACCUCAAUGUCCGUCAAGUGUUUCAAUAUUUGGCGGAGAAAUAUCUGAGUCAGCUGGACGCCCUGGAUGACUAUUGCACCGAGCCACCUCGCUCCAUAACCAUCGACGCUUUCGUUCCGCAUUCCGGCAACGGAUUCAACGGUCACCAAGACACGAAAGUUCAGCGAUUCCAGCGCUGGGCCUCGCGUCUGCCGCACAUCGUCGACCGGGACACGAUCCGACUACAGCCGUCCAACCGCAAGAAUAAGAUCAUCAUCACCAAGAACAAGUUGAAGAAUGCCUGUUCCUUCUGAUGAACGAAGAAAUGAAGCGCGUCAUAAUCAACGUAACAACAAAAAACCAAACAAAAUUAAAAACGAAUUUAGAAAAAAGAAAGGAAGAAUUAUACGAGGAAUAUAAAACAAAAGAGAAAUAAGGAAAGGAGAAAAAAGAAGAAGAAAAUGAAAUUGAAACGAGUAAAUAUUUUAAAGGGGAAACGCUCUAAACAAAAUUGUGGCGAGUAAAUACCGGAGCAGCAGACUAUAAGGAGACUAUAAUAUAAUAUCAAUUUGAAAAAUAAAAAAGAAGAAGAUAAGAAG